AUCUCGGCAAAUCAAACAAGGCGGCUACGCAUAGUUUGGCCCAUAGCUGACCACGUCGCGGGAGUUCCUUCUCCAGUGAGGUGGCUUGUGUCAUCCUAUUUUCCAUUCCGCUUACUGUCUCACUUGCGUUAGGUAUAUCUACUGUCCAGGGCCUCAGAUUGGUUUUGAGGCCCUGCUACUGUCCAUUGAACCGCCACACUGUCUGCGACAUGACGGGACAGCCUGGAGGUGUGCAGCCUGUCCCUGUCAUCCGCCGCCCUUCAGCUCCAAAUGCUGUAUCUUUCUGUUGUGUCGGCCGGCGUGUUUUAGAAGUGUCCACCAGCUUACGGAUGGGUAGCGCACAGGGGGCGGCGCUUGUGGGACUUUCGCCAUCUAUUUUCGCGUCCUCCUGAUGGAGGAACAAAUCGGGCGUCGCGGCACUGUGCUUAUGUCAAUGACGGUCCGUCCAAUUGGUAGCGGCAGGGCGGGCGUCUGGCAGCCUGGCGCGGCAUCACGUCGGGAAUAGGGAUCAUCUCCUCAACCCAUCAACGAGGCUCGGCGGGGCCUCCUGCGUGGUUCGGAGGAACCCACGGUGGGCGAAGGGUAUCCUACUAUCCUCCCUCAGUACUGUACUGUACAGUACUACACUUCGGCUGCCGUUGACUAACCUUACAGCCUCCCUCACUCCUUCCUGUGCAUAGUCCAAAGUUGACGUCUACUCAUCCCCUUCGACAUCCAAAGUCAACGCCCCCCCCCAGUUUGGCCCAGGAUGCACUGCGUAUGCCGAGCCUCGGCGCGGGCGGGAGCAAGGAGCAAGGGGAGUGUCGUUCCCGAAGAGCGCCGCUUUGCGCUGGCACGUACGCGCGCACCCAACCCAACCAACCGCGCCGCGGUUGCUGUACGGGGGGCUACGGAGGCGGGAGGCUUCGGUACGGGGGGAAGCUUCGGUAUGGGGGGAGGCUUCGGUUAGGGGGGAGGCUUCGGUUAUGGUUGAGGCUUCGGUACCGGGGGAGGCUUCGGAAUGGGCCGGAAUGGAUAAUAGGGAGUCGUCAGGAUAGCCGUGAACACUUCUCUCCUCUAUCCGUCCGAGACGAAUAGACACUCUGCUACUCGUGCGUCUCUGCUAGGCUGCAAGCAAGAAGGCCUCUCGCAAUGGCGCGGCUGCUUCCCGCUCUCGCCUUGGCUGCUGCCUUGAAUCUCGCGCUUCUCUGUGGUUCAGAAGCGCUUCGCCUGACACCCAAUGCCACUGCCAAAGCUGUUGCCAACGCCACGGCCCGCCACGGUGUCGCCAAGCCCACUAGGGGUCCGAUUCGCAUGUAUUUCGGUUUAGGAUCUCAUUGGAGCCACGUCUACAAGGCCCAGCCUGAUGAUCGCAUUGUGUUUGAGAACCAAGGAUUCACCCCUGGGAAGGCGCUCUUUCAAUUCUUUUCUCAACGUGACAUGGAUGAAUGCGACUACUCUGGUGCAAGGAAGCUGAAGGAGUUUCACCAAUUUGGCGAGACCUACAGCUUCACUGUGCCAUACACUAGCGAUGGUGGCUAUCUGUACUUCGGCUCCAACCGUAUCCUAUGCAUGGUCUUUCGUGUCGCGUUCAGGGUCCCUGUUGAAGCAUACUCACCAGGCUACUAGGCCAUCCCAUGCCAGUGCCACCUAGGGUGAGGGUCAUUGUCGCCCUACGCAGCUGUGCUAGGUCAUGUUGUCUUAGGCCCUUACAUGCAGAAAUUCGCUCCAGCCAAGAUGGUAAUUUGAAAACCAUGUCAUUCGAGUUUGCAUUGACAAUCAGGCCUGACGUUUCAA